AUUGAUGCUCACCUAACUUGUUGCAUUGGCAACGGGAGGUGCUCGGUCGUUAUGAUUGUUUAAUCAAUAGGUUUUUUGUCAACUCCUUAUUAGUUCUCGUUCCCUGUCCGUCCGGUGAACGUAUCUUGAGUCGGGCGAUUCUCCCCGCGAAUUUUGAUUUCAGAGGCCGCCGUCGCAGAUAAGUGCGGCUAAGCCGAGUUGGAGAUGCAACGCUUAUCAGUGGCGUCAGUUAUCGCGAAUUCCAGGGCGGACGAGAGCGCCGCGGGCUCCCCCAGCGUCACCAGCGUCCAGGAUGUAGUGACUGACAUCCAGAGACGCAAAUCGGGGGCCACCGCCAGAACCCUCGCGCGGAGACUCAGGAUCGAAAAACGAGCUCUCAUCGGAAAGAGGAGGAGAGAUGCUGGUGGCUCUGAUAGCAAUGAUGAAAAAGAAAAAAGUUUGUUGGAAAGACAGCUGGACGGGAGCUCCUCGAUUCUAAAUCUGCUUAUCGAAGAUGGCAAAGAACUUAUAAAUAAUGUCAGUGUUGGCAACAAUGUUAGAGAACAAAGAAGGAACAAUGAACAUUCGGAAGCUCAUAGCAGGCGCAUGCAAGCGCUGGAAGAAGAGGCAAGACUUGCCGAGGAAAAGUUUCAAGAAAUCAACUCCAAAUGGCGUAUAAUCGAAUCUUUCAAUGAUCCAUUAGACAUCAACAAUGCCUCGCAAGUCCAAAGAGAAAAAUGUGAGGAGCUCAUCAACCAAAAAAACACAAUCAUUGCCAUGUUGAAAAAAGAACUAGAAUAUGAAGAUUUCAGAUUUACUGCUGACCAAGAGGUUCAACUGAAUGACGUUUCCAUUUUGGUGGAAAGAAUUGAUAACCAAAUCAAUAUCAUGCGUCGCGCUUACAAAAAUCAGCUCAUACUAAUUGAGAGUGCAAUAGAUACAGAACGGUUUGAAUCAAUGGAAAGAAAUCGGAAGCAAUGGGAGUUAUUAAAUAAAGAAAAUGAAAAGGGAGAAGUCAGCUACAUUGAAACCAGACUGGAAAAAAUUGAAGAACAUGAAACUAGCAUGAUCAUAACGACAAUUGAAUACGAAGAAAAAUGCCGUCAGUUAAAAAUGAGUCUUGAAAGUGAUAUUCAGGUAAUGCAGCAGAAAUUAGAAGAAUUAAAAACCAAAUGUUUAUUGAAUAGUGAAAAACUGAACUAUGAUUACCAUAUUUUACGAAAACGUGAUGAAGAAAAUAUUUCCAUCAAAGCACAGCAAAAGCGCAAAAUUAACAAACUUCAGGAGGAAAUAACAAAUCUCUACCAAACUUUGAAAGACUUAACAUAUUUAUCUGAAGAAGAAAUACUCAAAGUCAAUGGAGAAUCAAGCUCUUUACAAUCAAAUAUUGAAAAUGCAAUAAAGAAAAUGAAUCAUUUCCUUUAUAUGAAUAACAAAAAGUAUACAGACUUGUGGAAAUUUAACGUCAUGGAAGCCAAACAACUUAUGAGUGAGGCAAGUGAACUUGAAUGUGUUCCUUUGAAAAUAUAGAAAAAAUACUCUUUU